CAAUGAGUUGUAAAUUACCAAAACACCCCGUUUCAAUUCUCAACGUUACCCUGCUGGCCUGCUCCUCUCAGAGACAUAUUCAAGAAUUUCCCCAUCAAAAACUUGAAAGCUUUUCCAUUUCCCUUUCUCUGCUGCAUCCUAGUAGAAGAAGACGGCAAUUCGCAGAGAUUAGGCAAUGGCAUCGCUAUCUUCUCCGCCACCACAUAUGGUGUCAACUCAUGUCCAUGGCCUCACCUUUCCCCAUAUGCGCCUGAAACAUUUUCCUAUUCUUAGCAACAAAAUGUCCUCUUGGGAGCCAUCUCCCUUCCCAUUUUCCCCCAAGGACGAUGAAGGUAGGAACUUCCUGAAGGAACCUGAUAACAUUUUUGAAUCUAUGGAUGUGAAAGAUAUGCUAAAAUCAUCGCUUUCUGAUGAUGAAGAUGUUGUAGAGGAGAAAUCCCAACCAUCUGUGCAACUUCAACCUCUUAAAUGGCCGAUGUGGCUUUUAGGGCCUUCGGUUGUUCUCGUUACAGGAAUGAUACCCACUUUAUGGUUACCGUUAUCCUCUGUAUUUCUUGGUGCAAAUACCGCCAGCUUACUGUCCUUGAUAGGGCUUGACAGUAUUUUCAAUACUGGUGCAAUCCUAUUUCUCCUCAUGGCGGAUGCAUGUGCUCGAGCAAAAAACCCUACACAGAUGUUCAAUAGCCAGGCUCCUCUCAGUUACAAGUUCUGGAACGUACUUGCGAGCAUAGUCGGGUUUCUGAUACCUCUUUUGAUGUAUUUUGCUUCUCACAAAGGCUUAAUUCAACCACAACUAUCUUUCAUAUCGUUCUCUGUUCUACUUGGACCCUAUCUUCUUCUUUUAUCUAUACAAACGCUGACAGAAAUGCUGACCUGGCAUUGGAAAUCGUCCGUGUGGUUAGUGACCCCAAUUGUUUAUGAAGCAUAUCGAGUUCUGCAGUUGAUGAGGGGUUUAAGGUUGGGUGUGGAUAUUGGUGCACCAACUUGGAUUAUGGCGAGUAUGAAAGGGUUGGUUUCUUGGUGGAUACUGAUACUUUGUAUGCAGCUUAUGAGGGUAGCCUGGUUUGCUGGAUUUGCAGACCAAGCUCGACAACAAACUUGAAAUUAGAAUGAAAAUGUUUUUCUUCUAUUACUGUAGGUGUAAAAGGAUCUUGCCGUAAAAUUGAAUAAAUUGUGAAAUCGUAUAAGCUUGCAUGGGUGUAUGAGUUAUAUUCUUCUGUGUCGCCAAAAGGAUUUACUGUUACUGUAUAGUCAUCUGAUUUCCAUCAGUUUGAUAGCCUCUAAUUAAUUUCUUGUAAAUGAACAAGAAUUCUGUUCCUGCUGUGGGAGUAAAUUUGUUGA